GCUGUUUAUCUAAGAUCUGUGAGCCUGGCUGCUGAUUCACUCCCGGAUCGCUGAGACAGACAGAUUACGGAGAGGAAAGCGGAGCUCGCGCGGAGGAUGUAGCGCUUGUUUUUUUUAUAUUUAAAUAUCUUUUCUGUUCCCCCCUAUAAAAACUCCGAGUGGUUAAUUCCUGUAAUUGGAUCAAUGGCUAUAAUGCUGAGCCACGUCGUGUAAUUACCCCACAGGAGAGCGCGGUGAAGACUACAGCUCUUAAUCCGAGGCUUCUUUUUUUUGUUUGUUUGUUUUUCCGUUGACUCUUUCUUUCUCUUUUCCCUCGUGCUGCGCGCGUGAGGCUUGCGCGCGCGCCGCGGAUGAUCCGGGCUCCUGGUUGUUUUUGCAGUCCUGGAUCUCAUUUCCCGUUUAGUUUGGUUACCAUGGCAGAAAGGCAAGGCCCCUGAGCGCACAUCUCUCACUGGGGUAUCUUUUAAUUUUGUUUGCAAAUUGUAGUAUUAUUUUUGUUUGUUUUAACUUCUAAAUUUAUACUUUUAUAUGCAUUUGAUGCAGACUAUAAUAAUACAUAUAAGAAAGAAACAAAUCCGAAUUUCCUCCUCAUCCCGCUCGAUUUCACAACUCGUGGAGAUCUGCGUUUCCCUGCCUGGGAACUUCCAACCCGCUCGUUUCCCGUCUCUCGCAGGGCCACUGUACAGGCAGCGCACCUGGACAGAGGCAUUACUAACCCCUAACAUUUCAGCACCUAAUUGGUUUGACAGAAAGCCGCAAUCAUUCCGUGCUGCAAGGGUGACCCUAAAAUGUCUUCCGACGGGGACCUGCAAGACGUUGGGAGCUAUGGAAGCUUUUGGGAGCCGGGGAACUACAAGAGGACAGUGAAGCGGGUUGACGACGGCUACAAACUCUGCAACGAGCUGGUCAGCUGCUUCCAGGAGCGUGCCAAGAUCGAGAAGGCCUAUUCCCAGCAGCUGAAUGACUGGGCUAAAAGAUGGAGGGGUGUUGUAGAGAAAGGCUCACAAUAUGGCACCCUGGAGAAGGCUUGGCACGCGUUUAUGAAUGCAGCAGACAAGCUAAGCGAGAUCCACAUGGAGCUGAAAGAAAAGCUGGUUACGGAGGACAGUGAGAAGAUCCGAAUCUGGCAGAAGGAUGCCUUCCACAAGCAGAUGAUUGGAGGCUUCAAGGAGACCAAAGACGCAGAUGAAGGAUUCCGAAAGGCCCAAAAACCCUGGGUCCGCAAACUUAAGGAAGUAGAGGCCUCUAAAAAGAGUUACCACCAGGCGCGUAAGGAGGAGCGAACAGCAAUGACGCGCGAGACACACGCCAAAGCCGACCCGACCAAGUCCCCGGAGGAGGUGCGCAAGUUCACGGAUCGGGUGGAGAAAUGCACUCAGGAGGCUGAGAAGAUGAAGGACCGCUACGAGAAAGCCCUGGAUGAGCUGAACCGCUGUAACCCGCGCUACAUGGAAGACAUGGAGCAGAUGUUUGAGAUAACCCAAGAUGCUGAGAAAAAGCGGCUGUGCUUCUUUAAGGAGGUGAUGCUGGAUAUUCAUCAGCACCUGGACCUCUCCAGCAAUGCAGGGUUUAAGGCUUUGUAUCAAGAUCUGAACCAGACUAUUAAUGCUGCCAGUGACACAGAGGACCUGCGGUGGUGGAGGAACACACACGGACCUGGAAUGAGCAUGAACUGGCCUCAGUUUGAGGAAUGGUCUCCAGAGACCAACCGCUCGAUCAGCCGCAAAGAUAGGAACAGCCGAAUGGAUGACGUCACCUUGACCAACAUCGUCUCCGCUGCUGAUGAUGCACCUCAGACUCCACCAGAUACUAUCCGCGCUGCCAAGGAUUACUCCUCGGACUGGUCUGAUGAAGAGAGCCCCAAGAAGUACAUAGCAGCGAACGGAGUCGAGCUCGAAGAGGAGGAGGAGAAGGUAGCGGGUGUGCGCGUUAGAGCACUGUAUGAUUACACUGGCCAAGAAUCUGAUGAGCUGACUUUUAAAGCAGGUGAAGAGUUGAUGAAGCUGGGAGAGGAGGACGAGCAGGGCUGGUGCAAAGGGCAGCUGGAAAGCGGCGAGGUGGGCCUCUACCCUGCUAACUACGUCCAAAUCAUCGGCUCCUGAUGACCCAACAAGACACCCCCCCCCCCCCCCCCGCCACCACCCCACCCCACCUUCCUCGAGAAGGCCUCAUCAUCACUGAACUGAUCACACUGAACUGUGCCAGCUGGGCCCGUCUGACGCUCUGGAGGCCCUGCUAGCCAUCACUACAUUUACAGGAACCACAAAAAGAGAAAAACUUAUAUAAAUUGUUGAGAAAUUUAGGAUCAUGGUGCCAUGGCCUAAUUCGUGGCUUUGUGAAAGACUUUAUAGGUACAGUGCCUUUUUUUUUCUAGAAGAAUGGACAGAAAUAAAGCUGAAGAGUUAAAAGUACUAUCACCACACUCACCACGCUUGUUACAGCCUUUUUCGCUUCUCUAAAGGGAUAAAUGUAUUUGCUUUUCUGAUGUAUCCUGGGGCUGCAUCUACACUAUGGGAGGUCGGUUUACAUCCUGUACUUGAGAAUUUCAGAUGUAUCAGAAAUCAUCGCAAGUAUUUAUUUCAAGCAGAUCAAGUUGAUUUUUUUGUUUAGUUUUUUUUCAUGUACAUAUAUAUAAUAUAUUUUCUUUAACAGCUUAAGUACUUGGAGGGCAACUGGGCUGCACAUAGUUAAACAUCGCUGUAGGAUUCCUGAAAGUAUUGGCGUUGGUUUUCUAACCUUUCUUUGUAAACGUGAACGUUUUGUGGAUUUGUAUAAUGCGAGAAAGUUAAGGAUCAAAACGGGCUCUGUAAGACCAGAUAAUUUUGACAGGUCCUAAAGGAAUUUCUAUUUUUUUGAAGCAGAGGAUGCGUAAAUCGAAUAGAUCUUUUAGUUGUAUUUUUAAUUUUAUUUUCUGUUUUUAAUUAAAAGCACCAUUAAAGACUCAGACCAAUGACUUAUGUGAGGUUAUCUGAGCAGCGCAUGUUUGUGUGUGUGUGUGUGUGUAUGUAUGUAUAUCUCUGUUUGCUUGUCUGUACAGACUGUGCGAGUGUCAGACGAUAUAAAAGUGAUCCUGGUUUCCGCAUCUAUGACUGACACCUAACAUUUAUCUACUGUAUCAACCUGUACUAAUCAGUGUAAAAAAAUCCAAAUAAACACAGAUGAGCUGGUUA